CAGAUGGCGGUUUAGGAUUGCUGCUCUUCGGAGAGGUGCGGUUCCGGUCGAGGUCCAAUUUCUUUUAAAAAAUCUUUAUAGUUGCAAAAACAAAAUUUGCAGUUUUCUUUCGGAAAGUGGUAAACGGCACGCGAAUGGACGCCCAAGGUUAUGUGCUAUGACUUUAUGUAGGCAGUCUGAACGCACCGGAAGGCCAUCUGAACGCACUCGAAACCCGGCUCCCGCUCUCCAGAGACAGGCCGUCUGAACGCAACCCUCCGCAGGGCUCCGGGGCGCGGGAAAGAGGACGCACCGAACGAACACACCUGAGCCGACACGCCACCGACACGCUACGCUCUGAAACAUGAUUACCUCAGAGCUGCCGGUUCUGCAGGACUCCGCUAACGAGAUGGGCGGGGCCGAGACGGUCAGCCUGAGUGUCAGCGUCAGUGAGCUGGAGGACAGCGGGGAGGUCAAGGCCAAGAAGAAGAGGGGGAGACCAGGGAGGCCGCCGUCAGCCAAUAAGAAGCCUCGGAAGGCGCCGAUGGAGAAGAGCCAGCCGGGCCCCCCCCGCGGGAGGAAGCCGAACGGCGUGAGCCAGCAGAACGGGGAGGGCGACCCCAUCACCCUGUUCGAGGUGGUGAAGCUGGGGAAGAGCGCCAUGCAGUCCGUUGUGGAUGACUGGAUUGAGUCGUACAAGCAGGACAGAGACAUCGCCCUGCUGGACCUCAUCAACUUCUUCAUCCAGUGUUCCGGGUGUAAAGGCACAGUGAGAAUCGAGAUGUUCCGCAACAUGCAGAACGCGGAGAUUAUCAGGAAAAUGACAGAGGAGUUUGACGAGGACAGCGGAGAUUACCCCCUCACCAUGCCGGGCCCCCAGUGGAAGAAGUUCCGCUACAACUUCUGCGAGUUCAUUGGGGUUCUGAUCCGGCAGUGCCAGUACAGCAUCAUCUACGACGAGUACAUGAUGGACACGGUCAUCUCGCUGCUCACCGGCCUCUCCGACUCGCAGGUCCGGGCCUUCAGACACACCAGCACCCUGGCAGCUAUGAAGCUGAUGACGGCUCUGGUGAACGUGGCCUUGAACCUGAGCAUCCACCAGGACAACACGCAGAGGCAGUACGAGGCCGAGAGGAACAAGAUGGUGGGGAAGAGAGCCAAUGAGAAGCUGGAGCUGCUGCUGGAGAAGAGGAAGGAGCUUCAGGAGAACCAGGAUGAAAUCGAGAACAUGAUGAACUCCAUCUUCAAGGGCAUUUUCGUUCACCGCUACAGAGACGCCAUCGCGGAGAUCAGGGCCGUCUGCAUUGAGGAGAUCGGCGUGUGGAUGAAGAUGUACAGCGACGCCUUCCUGAACGACAGCUACCUGAAGUACGUGGGCUGGACACUGCACGACCGGCAAGGGGAGGUCCGUCUCAAGUGUCUGAAAGCGCUUCAGAACCUCUACACCAACCGGGAGCUCUUCCCCAAGCUGGAGCUCUUCACCAACCGCUUCAAGGACCGCAUCGUGUCCAUGACGCUGGACAAGGAGUACGACGUGGCGGUGGAAGCCAUUCGGCUGGUGACACUAAUCCUCCAGGGGAGUGAGGAUGCCCUCUCUAACGAGGACUGCGAGAACGUUUACCAUCUGGUGUACUCCGCCCACCGGCCUGUGGCGGUCGCCGCGGGAGAAUUCCUUCACCGCAAGUUGUUCAGCCGGCACGACCCACAGGCAGAGGAGGCCUUGGCCAGGAGGAGGGGGAGGAACAGCCCAAACGGGAACCUUAUCCGAAUGCUGGUGCUCUUCUUCCUAGAGAGCGAGCUGCACGAGCACGCAGCCUACCUGGUGGACAGCCUGUGGGAGAGCUCCCAGGAGCUGCUGAAGGACUGGGAGUGCAUGACAGAGCUGCUGCUGGAGGAACCCCUGCAGGGAGAGGAGGUGCUGGCGGACCGGCAGGAGAGCGCUCUCAUCGAGCUGAUGGUGUGCACCAUCCGGCAGGCGGCCGAGGCGCACCCCCCCAUCGGCAGGGGAACGGGGAAGAGGGUCCUAACGGCCAAAGAGAGGAAGACGCAGAUGGAUGACAGAAACAAGCUGACGGAGCACUUUAUCAUGGCCCUGCCGUUGCUGCUGUCCAAGUACCAGGCGGACUCGGAGAAAGUGGCCAACCUGCUGCAGAUCCCGCAGUACUUCGACCUGGAUGUGUACAGCGCCGCCCGCAUGGAGAAGCACCUGGACGCCCUGCUGAAGCAGAUAAAGUUUGUGGUGGAGAAGCACACGGACAUGGAGGUGCUGGAGGCGUGCAGCCGGGCCUACAGCAUCCUGAGCAGCGAGGAGUACCCCAUCAUGAACCGCGUGGACAUCGCCCGCAGCCAGCUGAUCGACGAGCUGGCCGACCGCUUCGGCAUGUCCGUGCAGGACCUGCUGCAGGAGGGGGAAGAGGCGGACGAUGACGAUAUCUACAACGUUCUCUCCACCCUCAAGAGGCUGACGGCCUUCCACAACACGCACGACCUGACGAGGUGGGACUUGUUUGGGAACUGCUACAGGCUGCUGAAGAUUGGAAUAGAGCAGGGAUCGAUGCCAGAGCAGAUUGCGGUCCAGGCUCUGCAGUGCUCACACUUCUCCAUCCUGUGGCAGCUGGUCAGGAUUACUGAAGGCUCCCCAUCGAAGGAUGACCUCAUCGCUCUGAGGAGGGUAGUCAAGUCCUUCCUGGCUGUAUGUCAGCAGUGCUUGUCGAACGUCAACACUCCGGUCAAAGAGCAGGCCUUCAUGCUGCUGUGUGACCUCCUCAUGAUCUUCAGCCACCAGCUGACCACAGGGGGCCGGGAGGGCCUGCAGCCGCUGGUCUUCAACCCCGACGCGGGGCUUCAGAACGAGCUGCUCAGCUUCGUCCUGGACCACGUCUUCAUCGACCAGGACGAGGAGAACCAGAGCAUGGUGGAGGGAGACGAGGAGGACGAGGCGAAUAAGAUCGAGGCCUUGCACAAGCGGAGGAACCUGCUGGCUGCCUUCAGCAAGCUCAUCAUCUACGACAUCGUGGACAUGCCCGCCGCCGCCGACAUCUUCAAACACUACAUGAAGUACUACAAUGACUAUGGUGACAUCAUCAAGGAGACGCUGAGUAAGACCCGACAGAUGGACAAGAUCCUGUGCGCCAAGACCCUGAUCCUCAGCUUACAGCAGCUCUUUAACGAGCUCAUGCAGGACCAGGGGCCCAACCUGGACCGCACCUCGUCCCACGUCAGCGGCAUCAAGGAGCUGGCCCGCCGCUUCGCCCUCACCUUCGGCCUGGACCAGAUCAAGACCCGGGAGGCGGUCGCCACGCUGCACAAGGACGGCAUCGAGUUCGCCUUCAAAUACCAAAACCCUAAAGGGCCGGACUUCCCCCCUCCAAACCUGGCCUUCCUGGAGGUGCUGUGCGAGUUCUCCUCCAAACUGCUGCGUCAGGAUAAGAAGACAGUCCACUCGUACCUGGAGAAGUUCAUGACGGAGCAGAUGGUGGAGCGGCGUGAGGAUGUGUGGCUGCCGCUCAUCUCCUACAGGAACUCCCUGCUGACGGGCGGCGACGAGGACCGGCUGUCCGUCACCAGCGGCAGCAGCAGCAGCAAGGCCGGCUCCGUGCGCAGCAAGAAGGGCCGGCCACCUCUGCACAAGAAGAGGAUAGAGGCCGAGGAGAGCAUGGAGGGCUCGUGGAUGAUGCGGAACGACACCCUGGCCACGCCAGGGGCGCUGCACGCCCCCCAGCUCACCUCCACCGUCCUGAGGGAGAACCCCCGCCAGGCCUCGCAGCAGCUGCCCGACCAGGACUCCGAGCCCAGCUCCGAGCCCGACUACAUGAACAACCCCCAGAUGCAGAUGUCCUGGCUCGGGCAGCAGAAGAUGGAGGAGGCCAGCAGGAAGGACAGAGCCGGCAUGAACUACAUAAAGGCCAGGAGCAGCGGAGUCAGACAGACUGUCCGGGGUCUGAUGGAGGAUGACGCGGAGCCCAUCUUCGAGGACGUGAUGAUGUCAUCCCGGGGCCAGCUGGAGGACAUGAACGAGGAGUUCGAGGACACCAUGGUCAUCGAUCUGCCACCUUCCAGAAACAGGCGAGAACGAGCAGAGCUGAGACCGGACUUCUUCGACUCGGCGGCCAUUAUCGAGGACGACUCGGGGUUCGGAAUGCAGAUGUUCUGAAGAAGCCAUGGAGAGUCCCAUCGGGAGACGAACACUUUUGUUAGCGGGGUGGUGUGCAUGUCGCAGCGGUGGCCACUGUGCUGCACACGCAGAAAAAAACAUUCUGUCUUUUUAAACAGAGGACAUUUUGCUUAAAUGAGGACAGCAGACAGUGAUGCAAUUACAAUGGAGGAGAAGGGAAGAAACCUCCUAGACCCCCCAAAAAAGAUAACUUGAGUUCCCUACUCUGAUCAUGAUAGGGCGCCCCCUCCUGGACAGCAGUCCUCAGGACCCCUUUUAUCAGAAUAAAUCUUUCUAAAAUAUAUAUAUAUUUAAAGUUGUACUUUUAAAAAAGUAAAAACAAAACUGUUGGUGGAAAUUUGUGCCUAUUGUUAGCUUAUCUCCCAGACUUAGGGUGUGAAACUGGGUUCGGUUUAUAAUGCGGUACACCUUGUUACACCAGAGAGAUCGAACUCCUGUUCGAACAGUGGGGUCUCUGACACUGUAUGGAUCAUCUGGUACAGCUGUAUGUCCCGAGUUAUUUUUUGUACACCAGAAACAGCAUAUUGAGAUUAAAAAAAAUAAAUGCUGUAUACAUAGGUAGCAUUAACUUUUAACCCUCUCUCUCCCUCCCCAGCAAAAUGUAGUAACACAGUGGUGUGAAGUCAUUAAUGCACAGAUUGUUGUGUGUUGUAGGAAAUUCUGAGCGUGUCUGACGCAUUGAUUGUGCGACUGGUCAAAAUGUCGUGGCCCUGUCGUCAUAGGCCGAGCGCGGGUUUUGUCUGUGACGUCGCAAAAACCGUUCCCGUGUUGCUGCUACGCUGUGAGAAUGUCCGGAGUAAAGGAAAUGAUGGUGUUUCCCAGACUGCAUCUGUAUGUCGCUCAGUGAGAGAAACCUUCGUGUCUGUGUUAAUGUGGAGAUGCCACCUGACACUGGACGCCACAGACAGUCAGACUCGACCGUUUCUCGGCAAAAGGAAAUUUAAUUUCUUUCGCAGGCAGUAAUAUUUUCGCCCAGUUCUCAAACAAGCGUUUUUAAUGUGUACAGCCCACAGAUGGGAGUUUUGAGUCUCUCUUCCAGGACAGUUUCACAAAUAAUACAGCCUGGAGGUUUUAAAACAAUUUUUUGAAUAUUAUAUAAAUAUAUUUUAAGGUUUAGUAGUUUUAGUAUGUUUUAAAUCAAGUGCGAUUUUCUUUCGUCAAAUGUUUGUACAGCGCUGUACAGCUAUGCCGCCAAAUUGUGAAAAACAGCAGUUCUCUACCAACAAACCGCGUUGCAGAGGACGGAGAGGCCUCCUCACCCACCGGGACAGCGGGGCAGUCAUAGGCGCUACAAGGGUCAACUGUAACGCGAAGAACUAGGUAUGUUUGAUCAGGAAAAAUAGUCACUAAGAAAUUAUUUUAUCUUUACCAGAAGUAGCCUCUCUGUCCUUGAGGAUUGCAGUGGGUCAGAUACUGCAUGAAGCACCGUUGUUCAUCGCAUUGAAGCUGUAAUUUGGAUGGGGAGCGUCGCUUAAAAGUAGCCGGCAUUCUGAGUGUGUCAGGAGCAGAAGUACGGUGAUACUCCGGCUCCGCUGUAGACUCCCCUACCCGCUUUGGACUGCGGACCGCACAGAAAGGUUUGAUAUCUUGGUACUUUCACGAUGGGUUUCCGAUUCAGUUCCCAACUCUAAAGUUUUUUGUUUGUUUGUUUAAUAU